UGUACAAGUCGUGUGCCUUGGGAGACUAUUCUCCUCCUCUGCUUCGCUUGAAACCACGUUCGUCUCUGCGAUCUGAAACGUCGAAGGUGAAAGAUGGGUUGGCUAGGAGAAACCGUAGACUCAGUCAAAUCUAUUCAGAUCCGUCAGCUUCUCACUCAGGCCAUCAGCCUUGGGAUGAUUGUCACAUCUUCUUUGAUCAUAUGGAAAGCUUUGAUUUGUGUCACUGGAAGUGAAUCCCCUGUCGUGGUUGUUCUCUCCGAAAGCAUGGAACCUGGUUUUCAAAGGGGUGAUAUAUUGUUCUUGCACAUGAGUAAGGACCCCAUUCGAGCUGGCGAGAUUGUUGUUUUCAAUAUUGAUGGUCGGGAUAUUCCAAUUGUCCAUCGUGUCAUUAAGGUUCACGAAAGGAAAAAUACUGGAGAAGUCGAUGUUUUGACAAAAGGUGACAAUAACCCUGGAGAUGAUAGACUUCUCUAUGCUAAAGGUCAGCUUUGGCUUCAUCGACAUCAUAUAAUGGGUCGUGCUGUCGGCUUCUUGCCUUAUGUUGGAUGGGUGACUAUAAUCAUGACAGAAAAGCCUAUCAUUAAGUAUAUUCUCAUAGGUGCAUUGGGUUUACUUGUUAUUUCGUCCCGAGAUUGACUUGAGUCUUUUUGAAAAAGAAUGGACUCUGCAUGCAAGACCUUUGGUUUAUCAUCCUCUGGUCUUUGUUGUAUCAAUGAAAGCAAACAAAUUUAAAAGACAUCAUUUUUGUUCUAGACCAAUUUAAAAUAAUACAAUAAGGAAGCUAAGUUUUAAUCGUGGA